GCUCGGUUUCACAUCGACUUCAGACCCUCGAAAAGCUCGGUUCAAGCUUUUUGUCGUCAGCUUGGCCUGGGGUUUCUGUUUCUGUUUCGGUUUUGGCUUGGGUUUCGUUUUCCAUUUCGAUUCCCAGUCUCAGUUCGAUUUCAUUUGAUUUGGUCUGCGGUCGUGCCCACAGAGAUAUAACCAACGCACCAUGAAGGCGUGGAUCUGGCUUUCGUUUGUCGCGUGCCUCUUUGCGGCAAGUACAGAAGCUGCCUCCAACCUGGUCUGCUACUAUGACUCUUCCAGUUUCACCAGGGAAGGUCUGGGCAAGAUGCUCAAUGCCGAUCUGGAGAUCGCCUUGCAGUUCUGCAGCCACUUGGUCUACGGAUACGCCGGGCUACGAGGAGAAAACCUGCAGGUGCACAGUAUGAACGAGAACCUGGACAUAUACAAGCAUCAGUACUCCGAAGUGACCUCCCUGAAGAGGAAGUAUCCCCACCUGAAGGUCUUGCUGAGCGUGGGCGGCGAUCAUGACAUCGAUCCGGAUCAUCCCAACAAAUAUAUCGAUCUGCUGGAGGGCGAGAAGGUUCGUCAAGUUGGAUUCAUCCGCUCGGCCUAUGACUUGGUGAAGACCUACGGCUUCGAUGGCUUGGAUCUGGCCUAUCAGUUCCCCAGGAACAAGCCCAAGAAGGUUCACGGUGACCUGGGCUCGGCAUGGAAGAGUUUCAAGAAACUGUUCACCGGCGACUUUGUUGUGGAUCCACACUCAGCCCUUCACAAGGAACAGUUUACCGCUUUAGUGAGGGAUGUCAAGGACUCCCUGAGAGCUGAUGGAUUCCUGCUCAGCCUGACUGUGCUGCCCAAUGUCAACUCCACUUGGUACUUUGAUAUUCCCGCGCUGAAUGGCUUGGUGGACUUUGUGAACCUGGCCACCUUCGACUUUCUGACUCCAGCUCGCAAUCCCGAGGAGGCGGACUAUAGCGCUCCCAUCUACCAUCCCGAUGGGUCAAAGAAUCGGCUGGCUCACCUGAACGCCGAUUUCCAGGUGGAGUACUGGCUGUCGCAGGGAUUCCCAGCUAAUAAGAUCAAUUUGGGUGUUGCCACCUAUGGCAAUGCCUGGAAACUCACCGGGGCCUCUGGGCUCGAAGGAGUACCUGUGGUGCCAGAUACAGUGGGACCAGCACCCGAGGGCUUGCAGUCGCAGAAACCAGGACUACUUAGCUAUGCUGAAAUCUGCGGAAAGCUGUCCAAUCCCCAAAACCAAUUCCUCAAGGGCAACGACUCGCCACUGCGACGGGUUUCAGAUCCCACCAAGAGAUUCGGGGGCAUAGCUUAUCGCCCCGUCGAUGGCCAGAUAACCGAUGGCAUUUGGGUGAGCUACGACGAUCCCGACUCGGCCUCCAAUAAGGCGGCCUACGCCCGCGUCAAGAACCUGGGGGGCGUGGCACUGUUCGAUCUGAGCUACGAUGAUUUCCGUGGGCAGUGCUCAGGCGACAAGUAUCCCAUCCUGCGAGCCAUCAAAUAUCGUCUUACGGCGAAUCGCGCGGAGGUGAUUCCACAGAAAAGCUUAACAGCUCCUCUCUGGCUGUAUCUGCGUACAAAGAUGACUGGCUCUCUGUGGCUCAGUUUGGCACUCAGCUUGGCGGCUUUGGCUCAGUUCCAAGUGAGUGCCGCUCCUAAUCUGGUUUGCUUCUAUGACUCGCAGGGCUUCCAGCGCCAGGGCCUGGCUCAGUUUUCGAUGACCGACAUGGAGCUGGCGCUGCAGUUUUGCACCCAUUUGGUCUACGGCUAUGCGGGUGUCAAUGCCGAUAGCUAUGAAGUGCAGAGCAUUAACAAGCGACUGGACCUGGAGCAGCGCCACCUGGCCCAAGUCUCCAGCCUGAAGGAACGCUAUCCCCACAUCAAGUUCCUCCUGAGCGUGGGCGGGGAUGCCGAUACGAACGAGGGCAACCAGUACAUAAAGCUGCUGGAAUCGGGACAGCAGGGCCACAGACGCUUCAUCGAAUCCGCUCGGGAUUUGGUGAGGCGUUAUAAUUUCGAUGGCCUGGACCUGGCUCUCCAACUGCCCAGAAAUAAGCCACGCAAAGUUCACGGGGAUGUGGGCUCCGCCUGGAAGAGUUUCAAGAAGUUCUUCACCGGCGAUUUCAUUGUGGAUACCGAGUCCGAAACGCACCGGGGACAGGUGACUGCCCUGGUCAAGGAUUUGAGUGCUGCUCUGAAGCAAAACGAUCUGCUGCUCAGCCUCACCGUUUUGCCAAAUGUGAACUCAAGCUGGUACUACGAUGCGCCUUCGAUCGCUCCAAGCCUGGACUUCAUCAACCUGGGAACUUUUGACUUCUUGACCCCGCAGCGCAAUCCCGAGGAGGCGGACUUUUCGGCGCCCACAUACCAGGCGGUUGGCGAAAAUCGUUUGGGCCACUACAAUCUCAACUUCCAAAUGGAGCACUGGCUGCUGCAAAGAGUGCCUGCGAAUAAGAUAAACAUUGGCAUCGCCACCUAUGGCAGGGCAUGGAAGCUGACCAAGGAUUCGGGUGACUCUGGCAUGCCCGUGGUGCCCUCCACCCAGGGACCCGCUCCAGCGGGACCACAGAGCAAAAAGGAGGGUCUGCUUAACUGGGCUGAGAUCUGCUCGCUGAUGCCGAACCCCAGUAACUCGAAUGCCAGAGGUCCCAAUGCGCCGGUGAAGAGGGUUCUGGAUCCCACAAAACGUUAUGGCAGCUACGCCUUCCGUGCCGCCGACGAAAAUGGAGACCACGGCCUUUGGAUCAGCUACGACGAUCCGGACUCGGCCUCCAGCAAGGCCAUGUACGCCAGGGUGAAGAAUCUCGGCGGAGUGGCUCUCUUUGACCUGACCCAAGACGAUUUCCGUGGUCAGUGCACAAACGAUCGCUUCCCCAUGCUGCGUGCCAUCAAGUACCGUCUUCUCUAA